GAGAACGACUGGGGUCACGUUUUAGAAGAACUACAGUACACGAAGUCAACAACGACAAUUUAUCUCUUUAUUGACAGCCAGGACUUGGUUAAGAACCCACAUCCUUCACCAUGUUCCUCACCCUGGCCCUGCUGAGGAAAGGCAUCCCUGGAAAGCAGUGGAUCGGCAAGUACCGGCGGCCGCGUGCCAUCACCUGGCAGAUGAAACGCAACCUGCUGGUGCACCUGGAGCGCGAAGCGGAGAACGAGUACUGGAUCUCCCGACCAUAUAUGACCAAGGAGCAGGAGCGGGGACAUGCUGCGGAGCGCCGUGCCCAGAACUGGCUCAAAAUUAAGGAAACAAAGUUUCAAACGUUUCCGGAGCAUAAGUACGUUGCGGAUCAUCUAAGUCACCUCAACACGACUAAAACGUGGUCAAGUUAAGGCCAAGGAAGUGCUGACUAUCGGGGAUGGAGUCAGGGCUUGUAGAUGGCCUGACAUGUGACUGUCUUUAUGCAUGUAAAGCAAGUUCUGAUUUUGAAGAGAAUAUUUGUCUUUGCUUCAUCACAAUAAAUGUCAAAUGUGCUUGUACUUUCAUCAGUUGCUAGCUCAGUUGGUGAAGAAGGCACUUACAACAACAGGGUUGUGAGGUACAUUCCCACAGGCGGCCCGUAUGAAAAAUAGUAUGCAUGUGUAUCUACUAAAUUAGUAAAAUAUUGCCAAACCAAAUGUUGU